AUGCGCGGUUUUCUUACCUUAUCCUUCGUUCUCACCGCCGCAACCUCCGCUUUUGGUGCGUGGGUCCCUGCACGCACUCUCAAGAACCGCGGCUCCAGUGGCCUCAUCGACUGCUUGGACGAUGCUGGGCUCGACCCUGUCGUCUACAGCGACUCGGCGUACGCGACGGACGCUGCGCCCUUCAACCUACGACUGCCGUGGAAGCCCAUUGCGCUAGUCUACCCCACAGACACCGCUGGAGUCUCCGCCGCGGUCAAGUGCGGUGCCUCUCAUGGCGUCAAGGUCAACGCCCGUAGCGGCGGCCACUCGUACGCCGCUUUCGCACUCGGCGGGGCGGACGGUCACUUGACGGUCAGCCUCGACCACCUCCGUCAUCUCUCGCUCGACGGCGACGUCGCCACUAUUGGCGCCGGUAACUGCCUUGGUGAUGUGGCCCUAUUCCUUUGGGAGACUGCAAACCGAGCGAUGGCGCACGGCACCUGUCCCUACGUCGGCAUCGGAGGCCACGCCGGGCAAGGUGGCUUCGGCCUCCCUUCCCGCGCCUGGGGCCUCCUCUCCGACCAGGUCCUGAGCGUCGAGAUCGUGACCGCCGACGGCGCCGUCCACACCGCGUCUGCGGACAAGAACGCCGACCUCUUCUGGGCCGUCACCGGUGCGGGCGCGAGCUUCGGGAUCAUCACUUCCUUUACCACCAUCACCCACGAGGCCGUCCCCUCUGUCGCGUUCUCGUACGAGUUCGCGCAAUACUCCCCCGCGCAAGCAAGCAAGGCCCUCCAGGCGUGGCAGGAGUUCGCAAACGACCCCGCGUCCCCGCUCGACGUCAACCUCGGCCUCCAGGCGCACGUCAACCCCGGGGACACGCCCACCGGCGUGCUCUUCUCCGUCUCGGGCCAGUACUACACCGCGGACGAGGCGAAGGUGAACGCGACGAUGGCCCCGCUGCUCGCCAAGCUCGGCACCCCUUCCAAGACCACAAUGGAGGCGCAGGACUGGAUCACGAGCGUGCUCUUCCUCGCGGGCACCACCGGGAUCGACAGCCUGAACUCGACGCUCGCGCCGGACACCCACGACACCUUCUACGCGACGUCGACGUUCGUGCCGCAGAAGCAGAUGAUGGCGCCCGCCGCCGCGGACGCGCUCAUGGAGUACUUCUACGGGCCCGGCGCGACCUCGAGCGUGGCGUGGUUCGUCAUCUUCGACCUGUACGGCGGCGGGGAGUCGGUCAUCACCCAGAAGCCCGCAGAUUUCAACUCGUUCAACGGCCGCGACGCGCUGUACUCGAUCCAGUACUACGGCACGAUCCCGGCCUCGGUCUCAGACGCGGACGGGAUUGAGUUCAUCCAGGGCAUGAAGGCCGCCGUGGAGGACAACCAGCGCGGGACGGUGUUCCGCGAGUACGUGAACUACAUCGACAGCACGUACACUGCCAAGGAGGCGCACAAGCGCUACUACCCCACGCACACGCCCCGGCUGACGGCGCUCAAGAACAAGUACGACCCCGCGCGGGUGUUCAACUUCCCGCAGGACUUCUAG